GUUACACCGCCUUCAAUGGCGUGGACUUCGAGGGCACGUUCCACGUGAACACGGUCAUGGAUGACGACUACGCCGGCUUCAUCUUUGGCUAUCAGGACAGCUCCAGCUUCUACGUGGUCAUGUGGAAGCAGAUGGAACAGACAUACUGGCAGGCGAACCCCUUCCGCGCGGUGGCCGAGCCCGGCAUCCAGCUCAAGGCAGUGAAGUCCUCCACGGGCCCUGGGGAGCAGCUGCGGAAUGCACUGUGGCACACGGGGGACACGGCAUCCCAGGUGCGGCUGCUGUGGAAGGACCCCCGCAAUGUGGGCUGGAAGGACAAGACUUCGUACCGCUGGUUCCUGCAGCACCGGCCUCAAGUGGGCUAUAUCAGGGUGCGGUUCUACGAGGGCCCCGAGCUCGUGGCUGACAGCAACGUAGUCUUGGACACGACCAUGCGGGGGGGCCGCCUGGGGGUCUUCUGCUUCUCCCAGGAGAACAUCAUCUGGGCCAACCUGCGCUACCGCUGCAACGACACCAUCCCCGAGGACUAUGAGACCCAGCGGCUGCAGCGGGCCUAGGGAUCUGGGUGGGAACCCACCACCGGAAGAUGGCCACCCUCACCUCGGCUGGAUGGGGACUCAGCACCCAGCUCUGAGGAGCAGCUGGCCAGGGAUUGGGGGUGGAGGAGGAGGGCUCAGAGAGGACACAAUAAAGUGUGUGCGGGGA